GUAGUUUAUUAUCACAACUUAAAAAAAUUUAAUGUCAACUGCGUGUGUUUCGCAUGUAAUGUUAUUGAAAAGUUCUGAAACAGUUGGAAACUGUUUUCUUUUUCCUUUUUUUAAUUUCCUUUUUUUUUGUUUUCUUGUUUGAAAACUGUGAUAUUUAUUGAAACCUUGCUUGUUGAUCCUUGAAACAAUUUUCAAAAAAUGUUAAAAUGGAUAAAACUGGGGCUGUUAUAUCUGAAAAUAUGGUUUUGUUAAAUGAUAAAAAUAUGAAUUAUACUGAAAACAAGAUUUCUGAAAUAGUUGAUAGUUCUUUCGAAAGUUUUUAUCAUGAUGAAAUCGGUAUGAAAGAUGCACCUGAGGCCAGUGUCAAACGAGAUGUGGUUGAGGUACCAUUAAAUACAAACUUACUGUACCAUGUUAAUUCGAAUACAAGGCCAGUCGAACAUCAGGAUAAAUCUGAAAUAUAUAAUAAAACUAGUCUCACGAAGGUAUUGCGGGAAGUUAAAAUCCAAAGGAAAGAGAGACAAAUCAAACUAAACAGGGUUAUUGAAACUCCUCUCCAGUCAAUUGUUCAAAAUGUAUGUGCAUUGAAUACUAAUCCAUCUCAAAAUCUCGGGGAAGAGAUAAAGCCAUACAAAGAGCCUGAUGCAAAAGAUAUCAAUAAAAACAGUUACAAAAAGCUAGAAGGAAGAUAUGAGUGUGCCGAUUGUGGAAAAGUCUUUAGGGAAAAAUCGCAUCUUGCAACUCACUCGAGGGCGCACAUAAACAUUCGAAAGUUCAAGUGUUCAUUGUGCGACUUAUCCUUCAAGACUAAAACUAACCUCAGCUUCCACUUUCGGACUCACUCCGAUGUCCCUUUUACUUGUAAAGAAUGCAACAAAACUUAUUCUGAAAGGAAAACCCUCAACAGGCAUAUAAGAAUUGUUCAUAGUUCUAAUGAAAAAUUUGUAUGCGAUCAGUGCGGGAAGACAUUCAAGUCAUCAUCCAAUCUUUCUCUCCAUUAUACAUUGCACACUGGAAGUAAACCGUACUCGUGUAGUUUGUGUCCUAAAUCCUUUGUCUAUAAAAGCACUUACGUAGCACACCUGAAGGUUCAUCAAAAUGAUCAAUUAUUUAAGUGCAAUACUUGUCCGGAUAAGAAGAGCUGUCAGCAUCACUGCGAUGCUCGCCCUUGGCUCUGUACCGUCUGCGGCAAAGGGUACCCGUUGAAAGGAACCUUGAAGAACCACAUGAAAUCUCACAAUCCAGAAAAGCCCUUCAAGUGUUCCGAAUGUCCGAAAAGUUUCAUGAAGAGGCAGUCGCUGGAAUGCCACGUGAAAGCAGACCAUCGCGGAGAGCGACCAGAGUUCAUGUGUGACCAGUGUUCUCAGUCGUAUUUUAACGUGUUUGCCCUAAAACGGCAUUAUCUCAAGCAUACCUCAGAGAGAAGCUUUAGCUGUGAUACGUGCGGAAAAGCAUUUUGGAUGAAAGACGCUCUCAAAGUCCAUAUAAGAAGCCACUCGUCCGUUAAGUCAUAUACGUGCCCUCAUUGCCCAAGGGCAUUUGUGCAUAAGCAUAGUUUAAACUCUCAUGUCAGGUCCCAUGUAGGUGCUCAACCAUAUUCUUGUAACGUCUGUGGAAAAUCUUUUGUACAUAAAUAUAACCUCGCUCGACAUGAAAGGCAACAUCAGGAACCUAUUAUUAGAGAACAGGUUUUUAUUAAACAGACCGCUGAUGAAAUAUUACAAGUCCUGUGA